CGUGAGCAACUGAUGUAGUAGGAGGUCCUUUUAGUUUGUCGCUGUAUUUCGCGAUUUCCGACAGCGAUAGUACCGAUAUUAACAUCGUUCGGUUAUAGAAUAGUUGGUUAUUAACAUCGUAAUGGCAAAUUUAAGACAAACGCCCUUAACUUGCAGUGGCCACACCCGUCCAGUCGUCAAUUUAGCCUUUAGUGAUAUCACAGAAAGUUCGUAUUUCUUGAUAUCGGCUUGCAAAGAUGGAAAACCCAUGUUGCGUCAAGGCGAUACCGGAGAUUGGAUAGGGACCUUCGAAGGUCACAAGGGAGCUGUUUGGGGGGUUGCCUUAAAUAAAGAUGCAACGAAGGCAGCUACAGGUGCUGCAGAUUUCAAUGCUAAGGUGUGGGACGCAGUGAACGGUGAUGAGUUGCACAGUUUUCAACAUAACCAUAUAGUGAAAAGUGUUAGUUUCUCUUCUGAUGGUAGUCUCUUCGCGACGGCCAGCAAUGAAAAACUUGUCCGACUCUUUGAUCUCAACAAGCCAGAUGCAGGUCCACAAAAAUUCGCUGGUCACACAGCUGGUCUGCGCCAUGUAUUCUUCCUGCGCAAUGACACUCGACUUGUAUCCUGCUCGGAUGAUCGUACUCUGCGUGUGUGGGAUCGGAACUACGGACAGGAAGUUAUGAAACUUGAGUUCAAACACUCACCCACCAGCCUGGAGGUGUCCCGAGACGGCUCCACUCUCACGGUCUCUCAUGGGAACACGGUCUCCUUCCUAGACUCUCAAACUCUGGAGGUGGUACGAGAGGUGCCAGUCGCCACACAGGUCAACUCAGCCUCUCUUCACCCAGACCACACAAUCUUUGUCUGUGGUGGUGAUGACCUCAAAAUGUACAAGUUUGACUUCAAGACUGGUGCUGAGAUAGAGUCAUUCAAGGGACACUUUGGGCCGGUACACUGUGUCCGAUUUUCCCCAGAUGGUGAACUAUACGCCUCCGGUUCUGAGGACGGCACUCUACGACUCUGGCAGACGACCGUGGGCAAGACCUACGGCCUCUGGAAGUGUGUGGAGGGUGCGGCAAGUCAGGAGAUGAACACCAUUCCGGAGGUGGUUGCCAGCUAAGCCGACUCUACCCCUACCGACACAUGUCCUUGCACCCAACACCUUCAGCUGAGGACAUGCCAGCGUAUGUCUAGUACGCUUCUCCUGAUAUAUCUCAAUCAAAUGCAAUUAUCCCACUUGUGAUAUUAGAGAGAACCAGAAUAAAAUAAAAGGAAUAGAUUUUUUAUUAAUUUUUUACCUUUAGAUUUAAUUUUAACACUUUUGAGCGCAGUGCUAAGUGUUACUCAUUUCAAAACAAGUAUUUACUUUUUUAAAUCAGAAAAUAUAUUAUUAUUUUUUAUAUGUAUAUUUUAUUCCAUACAUAAAAAUUCAAAACUAUUAUUCUUAAAAAUGAUAAAUUGGUUUUCUUAUAUAUUGCUCAAUGUUUCCUGUGUGUUAUAGUAUUUUUAAUCAAAACCCAACACUAACUGACCUCCAUGUAUAUUGACAGAUUAUAAAAGUUAAGACAUUCCGUUUUUUUUGUUCUGCUUAAUAUCGUUUAGAUUUAAUGUGUUAGAAUUUUUCAUACCCUUACUACAUAGUUCCAGAAUACUUUUAUAAACCACUAAAAUACAUGUCUUGUGGUUUUUAAUAAUAUUUUCCUACAAAAAAAGUACUUAAAACUGUAAAAAUGUAGAUAUAUAAAUCAUCCAGACUCCAUAUGUCAUGUGCCUAUAGCAAUUAUUUAUUAGUCAUCAGUCGCAUUUGUUUAUUUAUUCAUUUAUUUAUUAAUGUAACCACACAAAUAAUUGUCACCUGUUACAAGAUCUGGACAGAUCUCACCAUUCUGUUGUGAACCUGAAGUUGUUAACUAUUUGUAAACUCGAGGUAAAUACUCUGUCUAGAUUUGCUCGGAUGUUUUGAGAUAUUUCUUGGCACUGUUUGACCAGGGUUGGUACCACUGUGGUCGAUAUUGUUUUCUUUUAUUUAUUGACUUCAUUGAAAUAAAAGUUUUGUUUGGAAUUGAA